AUGACCACAAUCAAGAGCGUAGCUGUCAUUGGAGCAACAGGCAAUCUCGGUCCAGCUGUCGUGAAAGCCCUCCUCGAUGCUGGCUUCACCGUAACAGCCCUGACCCGAAUCGACUCCACCUCGACAGUACUCCCCGGCGCAAAGGUCCACAAAACCGACUACUCCUCCCCCGACUCAAUUGCAGAAGCCUUCAAGGGACAAGAUGCCGUCGUAUCAACGAUCGCAACAGCGGCAUUGGGACAGCAGCAGGCGGUUGUCGACGCGGCAGUCAAGGCAGGCGUAAAGAGAUUUAUACCGAGCGAGUUUGGGAUGGAUACUACAACCAUCACAGGCGGCGCAAAAAAGAUAUUAGGUGGAAAGAUUGCGCUGCAGGGGGUGUUGGCUAAGGCUGCGGAAGAGAAUAAGCAUUUCUCGUGGACUGGGAUCUCGACGGGAAUGUUCUUUGACUGGGGCCUGAAAGUGGGAUCACUGGGUUUCUCACUUCCAACCGAGACCGCGACCAUCUACGAUUCCGGCAACGAGCCCUUCACGGGAUCAAAUCUCGCCCUCGUUGGCCAAGCAAUCGCUUCAGUCCUCAAACACCCUGAAGAGACAGCGAACAAGUACCUCAAGGUUGCCUCCUUCGUAACCACACAAAAUGCUAUACUAGCGGCACUGGAGGAGGAAUCUGGGAAGAAGUGGACGGUUGUAAAGAAGAAUACAGCGGAUAGUCAGAAGCUCGCAGAUGAGAAGUUGGCAAAGGGCGAUUACUCAGCUUUUGGGGAUUAUUUGAAGCCACUGUUGUUUGGAGAUGGCAUUGGGGUUUCUCCUAAGGAGGAGCAGCUUGCGAAUAAGGAGUUGGGCCUGCCGAAGGGCGAUUUAAAGGAGACUGUUAAAUCCGUAUUGUCUGGGUAG